GCAAAUUAAAAAACGGUAUCAUUUAAGGGCUCUGUUUCUUGAAUCUUAUCUUCUAAGGAUUGAUUGAGAAAGAAGAAAGCAGCAGCAACGGAAGCAGCAAGACUCUCUAAGAAAUUCUUGUCUGCCCACCCUCUAAACAACCCUCAAGGUCUCUCUUCAAUCUUUUCUUUCAAUAGUCCUUAAUUUUGUCUACUUUUAUUUGGUGGGGUCUAGGUAUUGCAAAGAAACAAAUUCGCUUAUCAGUGAUUCUAUUGGUGUCUCCUUUUCCAUACACGAAGGAAUCCCUUGUUUGGUUCCAAUAGAUGGAAAGAUGAUUGAAACAGCUGAUGACCCAAAAAUCUGAUCCUGUUGUUUAUUCAUCUGCGGCAACAAAUAACCGUGUAAUUGAUUACUAGGUUGUCUUUAAGUUAGAGAGAAAGUCAGUGUCCUUUUUUCUGAUAUUUUGUGAUCAUUGCUGUUGUUACGAUUGUUGCGGUUUCUUUUUUCAGAUCCAAUUGUCCUAUCCCAGAAUUAUUCUGCAUUGAUUAGCCGGUUUUAGCUAUGAAGCUGAGAUUGAGGUCUGUGCAAUCUAAAGAAACUGUGAAAAUACAAGUGCCGGAUUCUUGUACUUUGCAGCAAGUAAAAGAAACACUUUCUGGAGCAAUAUCUUCUUCUGGCUCGUCUCUUUAUUUGUCUCUUAAUAGAAAGGAUGAGCUGAAUACCUCAUUGCCAGAGGAGUCUUUGCAAUCACUCGGUAUUACGUCUGGUGACCUUAUCUAUUUCUCUGUCAAUCCCAAAGAUUUUUCAUCCUCUGGUCAACCCCUAUGUUUAGGUUCUAGUUCCUCUAUACAAGAGCAGGUUCAAGGUCAUCGGGGUAAUGUACAAGAGCCUAUGCCUGAUCAAUCGAUGAGUUUUCAAGAGUCUAAAAGUUCGGAUUUGAAUAUGCUCGAGAAUCAAGAUUUGUUCGUACAAGGGCAUGUUGGUGUUCAGGCUAAUGAUACCGAUUCUCGAGAAACCAUAACUGAAAUCUCUCCGCAUAUUCACUUGCUAGGACAGAAGCAUGAGAUUGCAGAAUCAGAUAUGAAUGGUGCAGUUACUGAAGGACAUGGAGCGCUGGGUUCAAAAACUCGGAGCAGAGAAACCUUAGAGACCCAAGAAUUUACCAGUGUGGAAGCUAUGGAUGUUGAUCCUGGAUCUUUAGAUGUGGGCAAUAAGAGGUUCUCUGAACCGUAUUUCUUGAGGAGGCUAUUGAGGAAAGAAAUGGGUGAUGAUGGUAGCAACUACAAGCUCUUGGUUAUUGCAGUUCAUGCUGUUUUUAUAGAAUCUGGUUUUGUUGGGUUCAAUUCUAUAUCUGGGAUGCGAGUUGAUGGAUUUCACCUUCCAGAAGAGCAGUCAUCUAGGAAUUUGGCAGUGUCACUUUGUUACACUCUUCCUGAACUUUUGGAUGGUAAAGUUAUUGCUGAAACAAUUGUUUUGAAGCUCCAAAGUUUAGGCCAUUUUGUUAAUGUCUAUGGUAGUUUGUCCAAGGGUGGAUCAGGGCUAUAUCACGCACGUCUGGAUAUAAAUAAAUUUGUGCCAGCUAUAGAUUUUGUGUGGGAAAAUGAUAAGAAUGAUGGGAUGAAUGGAAGUGAUAAGUCAUCCAUUUUGUAUCCUGAAAAAGAAAUUUUUGAGUUCUGGAAAAUUGUGAAGGAUUGUCUUGCUUUGCCAUUGUUGAUAGAUAUUUGUGAGAAGGCUGGUCUGGUUCUUCCUUCAUGCUUGAUGUGCCUCCCAACAGAGCUGAAGCUCAAGAUUUUUGAGUUGUUACCUGCUAUUGAUAUUGCAAAAAUGGAAUGUGUUUGUUCAGAAAUGCAGUACUUGUCUUCGAACAAUGAUUUAUGGAAGCAGAAAUUUGUGGAGGAGUUUGGAGAUGGGACAGCAGCACAUGGAACUCUCAAUUGGAAGGCGAGGUUUGCUUCAUAUUGGGAGAAUAAGAAGCGGAAGAGGGAUUUCAAUGCAUGGCGAGAGUCUCGUCAAUUUCUGCCCUUUCAUGUCCCGAUCAGGAGGGACCCUAAUCCAUUAUGGUGCCCUUCAAUUAUAGGUGGUGAUUAUGACCGUCUGCCGGGGCUUGGUAUUCCUCCUUAUCGGCGUCCUGGUCUAGGAUGGCCCCAACCUCGUCAUAAUUUUUCACCCAAUUGUAACCUGGGGGGAUUCAGUUCCUAGUCUGGGGCUUGAAGGCUUGCUCGAUGACAGUGGAAUGCUGAAUAUGAACCGAAUAGAGGCAUUUAUGGGUCAGUUUAUAUGCACGAUAAAUAAUGUGUUUCUGGUUGUAGUGCUUUUGAAGUCUACAUUACAAUUUGGAAGGUUUUUUUUUGGUUUUAAUGUUUAUAAAACGCUGUUGAACUCAUCUCUUUGUUCUUAUUAGUUAUUGCCACUAUUUUGGGUA